UAUCAGUGGGCACGUUCAAGUAGUGAUGUACCAUUUCAUCUCAGAAGACAGCCCUUUCUGUGCCCUAAAAGCAAAGGUGACACCAUCUCAAAGAUUGAGAGAUAAGCCUCAUCUACCGUGGGUGUACAUUGACAAGUCAACCGCAAGUGUAUUUUGUGGACACUGCACUUGUAUGGCGGGACUCGGUGAAGUUUGCAGUCAUGUAGCAGCACUCCUGCUAAAAGUCGAGACAGGUGUCAAGUUGGGUCUGACAGUAAAGUCAUCCACAAGUCAAGCAUGUGAAUGGAAUAAAGCAUUCCGGAAAGAUAUACAACCAGCCACUGUUGCAGACUCCCAUGCCAUCCUAAAAGGUGCGCGGAAGAAAACCGUGACUUCCGUAUCUGGUACCGGGAAAGCUCCACUUCCGGAUGAUGCUGUCCUUCUUACACUAAAGCAGGCUUGUCCGGAUGCUGUGUUCUUUGACACAAUCUAUCCCAUUGGUGAUGAUGGUGAAGACACAGACAGUGCAGAAGAGGAGGAACGAUGUGAGACAUAUCCUCAGACACUGACAUCGAUCAGUGAUCCUGAGUUCAGUGGUGACCUCACUAAAAGGUGUACUGACGUUUGGUCACGCUACCAAUGUUCAGAAUUGCAGGUAGCAAACUUGGAAAGGCGAACAUUGUCACAGUCAGUGUGCCCUCUGUGGUUUGAACACCGCAAAGGACGCAUUACUGGGACGAAAGCCCAUUCUGUUGUCCACAGGAGGGAAACAACAGAUCCCUGCAAUUUGAUACGGCAGAUUGUGGGCUAUGUAUCCAUGAUCUGUCUAAGUUAA